AUGGGGGAGAUAACGCAUUUCAGCCACAGGCAUCCUCUGGUCCUCUCUUCUGAUCAGAUAAAGGAUGAAGUUUGCUGCUUUGGUUGCAGACAAACCAUUAAAUCUCGUGUUCAAGCCUAUGUUUGUGCUACUGCCCCUGCUGACUGUAAAUACAUGAUCCACAAGUCAUGCGCCAAAGUCCCACAACAGAUCUACAAUCACCCUUUUCACCCACAACACCCUCUCACCCUUUCUAAACCACCCUACCACCAUUAUGGUAAAUUGUACUACUACGGAUGUUAUACCAUAUGCUCCGGCUUCAUGUUCCGUUGUUCCCAAUGUGAUGGUACUACACUAGAUAUUAAUUGCGCGAGUUUGAGUUUGAAGCUAGAAGAAAAUCAGAUUCAAGACCAAGAGAAACAGAUUGAAUACUUCUCUCACAAGCAUCCCUUGAUCCCCUUCACAUUUACUGAUCAUGACAAGGAGGGAAAGCUUAGUAAUAUUACGUGUCGGUGUUGCUACCAACCCAUCAUCAAAGGUUUGACAUGUGUUUGCUUUAGCUGCAAAUUCUUCAUCCACAAAUCAUGUGCUGAAUUGCCCCAACAGAUCCAACAUCCCUUUCACCCACAGCAUUCUUCACCCUUGUUGCCACAGAAAGAGGUUGGGAAAGAUCUGAAUGUGAUUGGUGCCGGAGAGAAUUCUAUGGAUUCACCUAUCAGUGUUCUGAUUCUGAGGAAUGCGGAGGAGGAGGAGGGGGAUUUGAGCUAG